GUUGAGGGUUAGAGAUUUCGCCUUUUGAGGGUGAGAAUAAGCUUUUCCUGGCUAUAGAUAUCCUAGUAGAAGCUGUGUGCAUGCAUAGAACCAGGGUGUGAGGUUCGGAGGUCAGGGAUUUCAUCUUUAAUUUUGAGGGUGAGAAUAAGCUUUUCUUGAUUAUAAAUAUGAAGCUAUGUGAACCAGGGUGUGAGGUUCGGGGAUCAGGGAUUUCACCUUUUGAAGUUGAGAAUAAGAUUUUCUUGGCUUAAAUACCCUAGGAGAAGCUGUGUGGCAACCACACUCUUAUUCAUCUACUCCUUUAAUAAUUUAGCUUUAUUUAAUUCAUCUUCUGAAGGGGAAAAUAAGCUUUUCUUGGCUAUAAAUACCCUAGGAGAAGCUGUGUGGCAGCCACACUCUCAUUCAUCUACUCCUUUAAUAAUUUAGCUUUAUUUAAUUCAUUUUCUUCAUAUACACAAUUAAGCUAGCUUGUUCUUGUUCUUGUUCUUGUUGUUCCAUGGCGGCUUCUAACCAUGCAUUCCAGCAAGAACCCAAGCAUGUUGUCCCUAACAAUGGCGACGACAUGGAGCAACAAGCGAGAUCCCUGGAUGAAGAGGAUAAGAAAGGGGGAUUUGAUUACGCGAAGCGGGCGCCGUGGCUGCGCGCGGCGGUUCUGGGAGCCAACGAUGGAUUGGUUUCCAUAGCUUCUUUGAUGAUGGGUGUUGGGACGGUGAAGCAGGACAUCAAGGCCAUGAUCCUGACCGGGUUUGCCGGCAUGGUGGCCGGCGCGUGCUCCAUGGCCAUCGGAGAGUUCGUCUCCGUAUAUUCACAGCGCGACAUAGAGGUUGCGCAGAUGAAGAGGAAGAAGAACAGGCGCAACGGGGAGGACGCCGGGGAAGAAGAAGAGGAAGAGAGUGACGUCGACGAGUUGCCGAAUCCCAUGCAGGCGGCGGCGGCAUCGGUGGUUGCUUUCACAAUGGGCGCAAUGGUGCCCUUGCUGGCGGCGUCGUUCAUAAAGCCUUACAAGGUGAGGAUUGGGGCGGUGAUUGCGGCCGUCACCGUCGCUCUGGUGGUUUGUGGGUGGCUUGGGGCGGCAUUAGGCGGUGCACCUAAGGGUAAAGCCUCAGUUAGGGUUUUGAUUGGCGGGUGGCUUGCCAUGGCUAUAACAUCUGGAUUAACAAAGUUGAUUGGUAUAAAAAGCUAAUUAAGCAAAUAAAAAUAAUCCAUCAACUUAACGUACAUAUAUAUAGCUUGUAUAUUUCUCCUGUAUUCUCAUCCAUUUCUUUACAGUUUACAUGGUAAGAGAUCAGACAAAUCAGCCAAGGAUGACGUAGGUUUAAUGAUCAAAUAUAGCAGACUAAUAAUGUCAUAUAUGUAUGGCACCUCAAUCCAUAUGUGUAAUAUAUAUAAUGCAUGUUUUUUCAUCUCAUGUAUUACAAUA